AUGGCAGAUAAAACUUUACCUUUUUUAUAUAAUCUAUAUUUCACAACAUGGGCAAAGGCGGAUUUGGCGAACGUGGUGGACGAGGUGGAAGAGGCGGAUUCCGUGGAGGUUAGAGAUUGCUUGUGUUGCAUUCAUCAAGAGACUGACAUUUUAUUAGGCCGUGGAGGUGGUCGUGGAGGUUACGGAGGUUACGGAGGUGCCAGUCAAGGACCACCUGCUGAAGUUGUUCCUAUGGGAACUUUUAUGCAUGCUUGCGAAGGCGAAAUGGUCUGUAAGAGUAUCAACCCCAAGGUUCCUUACUUCAAUGCUCCCAUCUACCUCGAAAACAAAUCUCAGAUCGGCAAAGUAGAUGAAAUUCUCGGUCCCAUCAAUGAAGUUUAUUUCACUGUUAAAAUGCAAGAAGGCAUGAUUGCCAAGUCUUUCAAACCCAAUGACAAAGUGUAUAUCGGUACUGAUAAACUCUUGCCUCUUGAACGUUUCUUACCCAAGCCCAAGGUUGCUGGAAAAGGUAAAUUAUAA